AAGCAGACAGACAAGUAUACUCGCAACUAGCGGGACCGCAACCGUCGUCAACACAAGCCAUCAAACACGGACUUUUCCUUCGCUAGUGUUUAAAACACAAACGUUGUAUUUUGCUGUGCGCCGUGUAACCUGAGGGGGAAAGAGACAUGUCCCAGGACAAGCCAGUCUACCCUAUGAUGGGGGAGAACAACCCCCUUCACAACAGUGUCUAUGGGCCACCCAAAACUGAUGCGUUUGGGAUGCCCCCACCUAACUACUCCCAGAACCCAGGGGCGCCUCCAUAUGCAGCGCCGGACUCCUACGGUCAGCCUGGUUAUGGUCAGCCUGGUUAUGGCCAGCCUGGUUAUGGCCAACCUGCAGCACCAGGCUUCGGUCCUGGACCAUACCCACAGAUGCCAUACCCACAGAUGCCAUACACACAGGGGCCAUACCCCCAGGGCCCCUACCAGCAGGGCCCUGUCCAACCGGGCUUCGCUGUAGAACCAAAUGCUUCUAUGGAUAGCCCUGGAUACCAUGGUGGAGAUGGCCCUCCCUCUUACUAUGGCAAUGAUGAGUUUGCCAACUCUAACUGGGAAGAUAAAAGUAUCCGACAGGCCUUUAUUAGAAAGGUAUUUUUGGUUCUGACUGUUCAGCUGACGGUCACCUUCUCUUUUGUUGCCAUUUUCACCUUUGUGAGCGACGUCAAAGUGUUUGUACGGAGAAAUCAGUGGACGUACUAUGUGUCCUAUGCGAUCUUCUUUGUGGCUCUUAUUGUUCUCAGCUGCUGUGGAGAGUUUCGCCGCAAGCACCCGUGGAAUCUGGUGGCGCUGUCAAUCCUGACCCUGAGUCUGUCCUACAUGGUUGGCAUGAUUGCCAGCUUCUAUGAUACAGAUGCGGUCAUCAUGGCAGUGGGCAUCACUGCGGUCGUCUGCUUCACAGUUGUGCUCUUCUCACUGCAGAGUAAAUAUGACUUUACUUCCUCGGGUGUACUUUUUGUCUGUCUGAUCGUCCUGCUCCUCGCCUCAAUCCUUUGCAUCUUCAUUCGUAACAAAAUUCUGCACAUCGUCUACGCCUCGCUUGGGGCCCUGCUCUUCACCUGUUUCCUGGCUGUGGACACCCAGCUUCUACUGGGCAACAAGAAGUUGGCCAUUAGCCCAGAGGAGUACGUUUUUGCAGCCCUCAACCUCUACACCGACAUCAUCAACAUCUUCCUUUACAUUCUGGCCAUUGUGGGUCGCUCCAGGGAUUAAGUGCACCCCCUCCCUGUGAUCAGAGGGAAGUGCAGUCCACCUUUCUGCACAAUGGUUUAUCACCUCGCCUCUCAUCACCUUCCUUGUGUUCUUUUGAGUCUUAAAGAGAUAAUCCCUAAAAAAAUUAAAAUUCUGUUAUCACUUACUCAAACUCAUCUCAUCUCAAAACAGUGUGAUUUUCUUUCUAAAGGACAUGUUAGGCAGAAUGUAAAUGAUGUCAGAAUUUUCAUUUUUGGGUGGACUAACCCUUUAAUUUAUUCCUUUCUACCAUUUCUUAUAUUUAACAUAUGUAAACAGGCUGGUCAGAAAAUAGGCUCUAUGUCCUUUUUGUGGACAAAAUCACAAAAUCAAUUGGCAUGUUUUUAAAAGUUUAUUUAACAAUUCAUAUGACUGUAGUUUCCUAAAACGCACGUUUGCUUCCUGGUAAAAAUGCUUCUGAGGUUCUGGACAUGUAUCAUAUUGUGCAAAAUUAUUCAACCUUAGCAUCCAAACGGCAUGGCAGAAAUUUCCCCUGACCUCUCUGAGCCUUGCACGUGGCAUAGUUAUGUUCAAAGUGCAUAAAGAAAAACAUCAAUGAGCAAAGCAUCAAAAUAGAUUUACAUUUCAGAGUGAUGAACACUAAUCAACAUGAAGUUUCUCUGCAUGGUAGUCUUAACACAGCAAAGAAUGUCGGACAAGAACAGGUACUACUUCAAACAUUUGCUUAUACAGCUGUAAAUAGUCAAAUAAAGCUCAUAGCCCUCCAGUUUUAGGCUUGAAUGGCUGUUGAGCUCUCAAAUAUGUGUAUUUUCUAAUAUACCUGCUUUGCAACUUAACAUCACUAAUAUAUACACUCCAAGAUGAAAAAUGGAUGUCCAGUCAAUUGUUAUCUACAGUACAACACUGAUAAAAAAAAUAAAAAUAAAGUCAAAUAGCCUAUUGAUAUAAUACAUUUUUUGAGGAAGGUGUGGUUGUGAGGUUGUCGACUAUAAAUUGUUCCAAAGGUCAGUAUUUCAGGCUCCAUCACUACAUAAAAUGACUCUGUUCUAUCUUAUAGCUCACUACUUGACACUGUUUUGUUUAUUUGUUAAAUAGAUCACUUUGUUGUUGUGAUUGUGGCUGUGUGAGGGAAAGAUAUUUUUCCUACAUUUUAACUAAUGUAAGUGGAAUAUUGGAAUUUAGCACAUUAUCAAUUUGGUAAACCAUGCUUUUAAAAUUAAAGCAAGUUGCAUGUUACCUUGCAAAAACAUUCAAUGUGCUGGAAAUAACAAUAUUUGACAAUUCCUACAAUUUAUUUUUUUGUGGUUAUUUAUUAUUUUUAUUUAUUAAACUGCAAGAAGAAGGUAGGCUGAGGCUGCUGGGUAAUGAUAAAGUAAUGGUAACAUAGUGAAGGAAAUUAAAAAGUGGUGCAUUCAAAUCUUAAGGUUUAUGGAAUUAUAUAACAAACAAAUUGUCUGUAUACCUUAGUUGUAUACUAAAGAAUAGUCACUCCAGGUGCUUUCAGUAGAAAGGUUAGAAUAAGAAUGCAAAAUUCCAAUGUUAUUAUUUAACAUAUUUUUUCUUUUCAUAAAUUUCACUGAAAUGUCAUGUACCCAGCUGCAACAUCCUGCAUUGCUUGUGGAGCUUUUGCACACUGAACUUGCUGUGACAGAUGGUUGAAGAAAAUAUUGUCUUGAAUUACAUAACCCUUUUCUGUUGUCUGAAAUGUUUGUCUUUAUAACUAACUUCAGCAUAAGUAAAGCUUUGAGGUGUGUAGGGUGUGGUUGGGCUUUGUAGAUCUGUUUGCAAUGUACAUUUGCAUUAAACUGAAGUUGAAUUAUA